AUGUCGGCCAACCGUAGCCGCUCGAUGCUAUCGGUAAACCUCGAGGCGGCCGCCAUGGCCAACGAUCCGCUGCGGGAGCUGUUCGAGGCGUGCAAGACCGGCGAUCUGGCGAAGGUAAAGAAGCUGAUCACGCCGCAGACAGUGAAUGCACGCGAUACGGCCGGAAGGAAGUCAACCCCUUUGCACUUUGCUGCCGGUUACGGUCGACGAGAUGUGUUCGAGUUUUUGCUUGCUAAUGGCGCUUCCAUACAAGCGCGAGACGAUGGUGGUCUGCAUCCUCUUCACAACGCCUGUUCGUUUGGGCAUGCGGACGUUGUUCGCCUGCUGUUGGAAGCGGGCGCCAAUCCGAACACGCGCGACAACUGGAACUAUACACCGUUGCACGAGGCCGCUAGCAAGGGCAAAAUUGAUGUUUGCAUCGCGCUACUGCAGCACGGUGCCGAUCCAAGCAUUCGCAAUUCGGAGAACAAGAUCCCGCUCGAUCUGGCCGAUCCCUGUACGCGUCCCGUCUUGACCGGCGAGUACCGCAAAGACGAACUGCUUGAAGCGGCCCGUUCCGGCUCGGAGGAACGUUUGCUGGAGCUGCUCACACCGCUGAACGUGAACUGCCACGCGAGUGAUGGCCGCAAAUCGACGCCACUGCAUUUAGCCGCGGGCUACAACCGGAUCCGGGUGGUGCAAAUACUGCUCCAGCAUGGUGCGGACGUACAUGCGAAGGAUAAGGGUGGCUUGGUGCCGCUACAUAAUGCCUGUUCCUAUGGUCAUUUCGAAGUGACCGAACUGCUGAUUAAGCACGGUGGUAACGUGAAUGCAAGCGAUCUGUGGGCGUUCACACCGCUCCACGAAGCCGCGUCGAAGAGCCGGGUCGAGGUGUGCAGCUUGCUGUUGAGCGAGGGUGCCGUCCCUACGCUGCUAAACUGCCAUAACAAGUCGGCGAUCGAUUCGGCACCGACGCGAGAGCUGCAGGAGAAGAUUGCCUAUGAAUACAAGGGACACUGCGUGCUCGAGGCAUGCCGCCAGGCAGAUAUUCAACGGUUGAAGAAAAAUCUGACCACGGAAACGGUUAACUUUGUGCAUCCGUAUUCGGGCGAUACGCCUGUGCACGCCGUUGCCCAGUCGGUAUACCCGAAGCGCAAGCAGGUGCUGGAAGUGUUGAUUCGCAAGGGCGCCCUGCUGAACGAGAAAAACAAAGACUUCCUUACGCCGCUGCAUAUCGCGGCGGAUAAUUCACACUUCGAGCUGAUGGAUGUGUUGCUACGACACGGUGCCAAGGUUGAUGCACUGGAUGGUCUUGGCCAGACCGCACUUCAUCGGUGCGCUCGCGAAGAUAACAUCCAGGCCUGUCGGUUGAUGCUGUCAUAUGGCAUCGAUACCGGUAUCGUAUCGCUGCAAGGCUAUACGGCUGCCCAACUGGCUACAGAGAACGUGUUGAAGAUCCUGCAAGAUCCUCCAUCGGAUACGGUGGAUCUCGAGUGCCAGCUGCUGGAAGCGGCUAAGGCGGGCGAUCUCGAUACGGUCCGUCGCAUCGUACUAUCCUCGCCGAUGACGGUGAACUGUCGUGAUUUGGAUGGACGUCACUCAACACCGCUACACUUUGCCGCUGGGUUUAACCGGGUACCGGUGGUUGAAUUCCUACUCGAGCACGGUGCAGAGGUUCAUGCAUCGGACAAGGGUGGUUUGGUGCCGUUGCAUAACGCGUGCUCGUAUGGGCAUUACGAGGUAACGGAGCUGCUCGUAAAGCACGGCGCCAAUGUUAACGUGGCCGAUCUGUGGAAAUUCACACCGCUCCAUGAAGCGGCUGCCAAGGGAAAGUAUGAAAUUGUCAAGUUACUGAUCAAGCACGGAGCUGACGUGACAAAGAAGAACCGUGACGGUGCAACACCGCUCGAUCUUGUCCGCGAAGGUGAUCAGGAUGUGGCUGAUUUGUUGCGUGGCAAUGCGGCUCUACUCGAUGCGGCCAAAAAGGGGAACUUGGCACGCGUUCAACGACUCGUUUCGUCAGACAAUAUCAACUGUCGGGAUGCGCAGGGACGUAACUCGACGCCGCUUCAUUUGGCUGCCGGAUACAACAAUCUUGAGGUUGCGGAAUAUCUUCUGGAGCAUGGUGCCGAUGUGAAUGCACAAGAUAAGGGUGGAUUGAUUCCACUGCACAAUGCAUCUUCUUACGGGCAUCUUGAUAUUGCCGCACUACUUAUUAAACAUAACACGGUGGUAAAUGCUACCGACAAAUGGGGUUAUACUCCACUUCAUGAAGCCGCCCAAAAAGGCCGCACCCAGCUGUGUUCACUUCUCCUCGCACACGGUGCUGAUCCGUUCAUGAAGAAUCAGGAAGGACAAACCAGUCUUGAUCUCGCCACAGCCGAGGACGUAAAAUGUUUGCUACAGGAUGCGAUGGUCGCCUCGCAAGGUACCGGUGCGUCCGGUAGUAAUUCUGCUGGCACCUCACAGGGAGGCAUCCUGACCGGUAAUGGUACACUGCUAACUACUAGCUGCUCACCGACAACCGAAACUGUAACGCUACCGACGGGUGCCUCCAUGACACUCUCCGUUCCUGUACCACAGCUCCCGAUACGUAGCUGCCUGAGUCCGGCACAGGGUGCCGAAGCAAACGUAGAUGGUAUUGUGGUGGACCACGAUGACAAGAUGCCGUCCGUACCGUCGAUUGAGUCGUCUGUUUCGGUGUUCCUCACUAGCUUACAACUGGAACAUUUGAUAGAUUUGUUCGAGCGUGAACAGAUUACCAUGGAUAUUCUGGCCGAGAUGGGCCACGAAGAUUUGAAACAGGUCGGUGUUUCGGCGUACGGUUUUCGGCACAAAAUACUCAAGGGCAUUGCAACGCUUCGUGCCACGACAGGACUUGGACUUACACCGAACCCAGGCACACUGCUGGUGGAUCUUCUUCCCGACGACAAGGAGUUCCUUGCGGUCGAAGAGGAAAUGCAGGCCACCAUACGGGAGCAUCGAGACAACGGCCAUUCAGGUGGCUAUUUCAAUCGUUAUAACAUUGUUCGGAUACAGAAAGUGCAAAACCGUAAGCUGUGGGAACGGUACGUCCAUCGGCGGCAGGAAAUUUCGGAAGAGAACGGACACCAGGCAAGUGAGCGGAUGCUGUUCCACGGUUCCCCAUUCAUCAAUGCCAUCGUGCAGAAGGGUUUCGACGAGCGGCACGCGUACAUUGGGGGAAUGUUUGGUGCCGGUAUUUACUUUGCGGAGCACAGCUCCAAAUCGAACCAAUACGUGUACGGUAUUGGCGGUGGCAUUGGGUGUCCCACGCACAAAGAUAAAUCCUGCUACCAGUGCCAUCGACAAUUGUUGUUGUGUCGUGUAGCGCUCGGAAAGUCCUUCCUACAGUUCAGCGCUAUGAAGAUGGCGCACGCACCACCCGGCCAUCAUUCCGUGAUUGGGCGACCUUCGGCUGGUGGAUUGCAUUUUCCCGAGUAUGUCGUUUAUCGCGGCGAACAGGCAUAUCCGGAGUAUUUAAUCACGUACCAGAUUGCAAAGCCUGACGACGGCACUAACGGCGAAGAGCCGGCAAGAUGAUGGACGAUUUCUGCCGCUAGUAACAUUAGCCAAAACAACAACAUUCUCGUUUCAGUCGUCAGCGGUGGCAAUGGUACAGGUGGCACCAGUACUACUACUGGAACGAUCAGCAAUGGCACAUUGGGAGGAUUACUUACU